UAAUCCGUUAAUUAUGGACCUUCGUUGAGCCCGUUUCAAACUGAUGGGUUAGCCCAAUUUGAUAUUCACAUUUAUAAAUCAAAGUUUAAACAUUUAUUUAUUUAUUUAUUAAAAACAAAACAACUGUCAACCCGAUCAGUACGACGCCGUUGGCUUGAAUUCUAAUUUCUAAACCGUAUUGCCUUGGAAUGCGCUGGAAAAGCGAAUAUAUAGUUUCACCCAGCACACACCCUAGUUAUGGGCGCACUUUAGCGUUUGUUGCAGUGUUGUCGUCAAAAUACGCACCUCCACCUUUCCCUAACUAAUUUCUUCGUCUUCUUCUAAACCUCACUCACUCUUCGAAUUUAUCCUCAAAGCAGAACUUGAAAUUACAGUUACCAAAUUGUUCCACUAGUCUUCGAUUUCGAUCUCUGCGCAAUUUAUUUGGAUCCUGAACGCAGAAUGUUGCUUCGCAGCUCAAUUUAUGUUCGUUGUCGUUUCAAUGAACGGGACUGUGCAGUUUGUUGAUAUGUUCCUGUUUAGCUUCGUGCAUAUACGUACGUACAUUUGAGCGAUGGUGGGGGAAACUGUUAUAAACACGUGGUUUGGUAAUAUAUGGAAGAGUUCUCGUAUAAGUAUGUCAUGGGAGCCUGAGAGGCCAGUGCCUGGAGUUUUAGCAUUCGAAAUAUCGAGGUUGAUGUUAAAGUUGGUGAAUAUAUGGCAAGAUCUCGCAGAUGGUCAGCUUGUUAGGUUCAGAGAAGAGAUUGCAAACUCAGUUGGCAUCCAUAAGCUUGUUUCGGAAGAUGAUGAUUUUCUUAUGGAUCUUGUUCUUGCGGAGAUCAUUGGGAAAUUGGGGAGUGUGGUGAAGUCAGUGGGUAUGCUUGGAAAGAAGUGCAGAGACCCAAUGUAUCACAAUCUAGAAGGAGUUUUUAGCGAUGUAGAUGAGAUUGAUCCGAAGUGGUACGGUUGGCAAUAUAAGCCGAAGAAGAUGGAAAAGAAGGUUAAGAAAAUGGAGAGUUUUGUGGCGGCAACUGAGCAGCUGUAUCAAGAGCUCGAAGUGUUGGCUGAGCUUGAGCAGAAUUUGAGGCGGAUGCGAGGUGGUGGUUCAGAUACAGGCCAGGUGAAAUUGCUCGAGUUUCAGCAGAAGGUAGUGUGGCAACGCCAGGAAGUGAAGAAUUUUCGGCAAAUGUCUCCUUGGUUCAGAUCGUAUGACUACAUCGUCCGGUUUUUGCUCAAAUUUAUCUUCACAAUUGUCGAGAGGAUCAAGAAUGUUUAUGGGACUACACAGAGUGGAAAUAUCGAGGGAAGCAGUGAUUGCCUUAUUCGUAGUAAUUCCAUCUCUGCCCCCAAACAAACAUCAGUUCAUCCAUCAGAAACCAACCUGUCUAGAUUCGCAGUUCCUUUUGGAAGGUCUUUAUCAAAUUUGGGCCUGGGAUGUGACAAAAAGAAAUCAAAGAACAUGAAAUCCCAUUCGCGAUCUCAAUCAUUUAUCUUUUCUGGGAAACAACAUUUAUUGAAAUCUAGACUAUUUGCUCCAGCUGGCUUCGCGGGAUGCAUGAAUAGCGGAAGAGAAUCUCCGGUUCUAGAGAGUUGCAAACCAUCAUGUAGUGGUUCAUUCAGGCCAAACGACACUUCUGUGAAAAAUACCAAAGAUGUUAGAAUUUUACACGGCAACAUAAAUUCCCCAAAAGUGUCUUUCUUUAAUUCCAAGCUCCGCCUAUUGGAUGCUCCUCCAUCUACUCUCGGUAAUGCUGCAUUGGCCCUUCAUUAUGCAAAUAUUAUCAUAUUGAUUGAGAAAUUGGCUGAAUCACCUCACUUGAUUAGCCUCGAUGCAAGAGACGAUCUUUAUAAUAUGUUACCCGAAACUAUCAGAAGCUGUCUGAGGGCAAAGCUGAAGACAUUUUCGAGAACUUUAGUUUCGUCUGCCUACGAUGCUGCUUUUGCAGCAGAGUGGAGAUUAGCACUCGCAAAGAUUUUGGAAUGGCUGUCUCCACUCGCUCACAACAUGGUAAGAUGGCAAUCUGCUCGGAAUUUCGAGAGGAAGAGAUUGAUUUUUGGGUCGAGCGUGAAUCUUGUGCAGACCCUUUACUUUGCAAACCAAGUGGAGACCGAUGCUGCAAUUGUAGAGCUUCUGAUGGGCUUAAAUUAUCUCUCUAGAUUUGGCAGUGAAAUUAAUCAGAAACCGUUCCAAGAGGUAACAUGUCCUAGAAGAUGAUUGAUCAUAAACAUACUUGCAGAAAUCAAAGGUACUCUUCUAAUGCUGCUUCUUUAUUGAAAGAUCAAAAUUUAGCAGAUGCUAUGUUUAUUCUCCCAUAAAUAGGCUUGGUCUUCCAUGUGAUGAUUAGCUUUUCUCUCUCAAGUUUACUGUUAGAAAAAAAAUCUUGUGAAUUUUUAGAUUGAAUUUACCGUACCGGUUUUAUCGUA